CGACAGACAGACACCAUGGCAUGUGUAGCGUCAUUCAAUCACUCUAUCCACGCAGUCUGUCCAUGUGUGGAUGGCUACUCACUCGUCAUCCAUGCGCCUGCCCUGGUCUAUGACCUCCCUCUCUAGUCUGACUUGUCUGAGCAUACCACGGGCAUGGCGGACGGUAACGGGAUAGCACUCAUCCACAGACACACCACCACUCACACGCCCCUCCGUCGUGUAGAUCUCUAUGUGUCCACGCCAAACUAUGUGUGCACGCCAAACUAGCAGGUGCGCAGCGACGGUCUCAUUGGGCCGGUGGCCACACAGCACCACGGUGCGUCCCGCAUGUCUAUACUCGUCAUGCAUGUCCGCCACGAUGCAGUCGCCGAAGGCCUCUGUGGCCAUGAGGGACCCAAGGCGGGCAUCAGUGUGUGGGACUGACGCCGUCAGGAUCCUCCUCUUGCCCGCUGCUUCAUGCCUGUUCCAGUAGCACAUGAGGUUGUCCGUCAUGAAGGCCGAGAAUGACGAGUAGCGGUACCGACCGCCGUCCUCCUCGAUGGCCGGGUCGUCUGUGUCGUAGGGCUGGUUGCCCGGGGCCGCAUAGGCCGGCAGAAUGCGGAAGCGCACAUUGCCGACCUUGUGGGGAUAGAUGCGGUGGUGGUCGUCACUCUCGUCACUAUGGUCCUGCUUGCACACACAAACACACAAUCAGCGGACACCAUACCCAUGUGCCCCUCCCUAUUGGGCAGUUCAGUCAAUGCCUACGUCGUCGUCAGGUUCCAUCGGCUGCCCCCCACCGCCCGCCUCGCCGUCGCCAUCGCCAAUCAGGGCGUCCUGCAAACCGCCACACCAUGCACCACACACACGAGCCGUCCAUCAAAGCACCACACCACAUCAGUAUGUCUGUUGCUGACCUGGCCACCGUCAGACGCCAUGGGCCCCUCUUGGCCGUCGUCCUGAGUAAGGGGCACAUGUGUGGGUGCAGUGAACACACUCAUGUCUUGAUGUGGCCGCCACCGACCUCCUCAGCGCCACCAUUGUCCACCGGCUCGGCCAGAUCAUCCUCUUGCUCGCCACUCUCGUCAGGCCCACCAUCCUGGAGACACAGACGCAUGGCAACGGCAUGACGACAGCACACGUCACUCAGGAAUGUCCCCUCUGAUGUGACUGACCUCGCCAGCGUCAUUCUCGUUCGUCUGCUCGUAUGUGGUGAGGGCCAGGCUGCCGCCCUCGUAGCUGAGCAGAUGGCCGAUGGUCUUGCAGAUGGCCAAUGAGAGCGGCAGCUGGUGCAAGGCGGCCCUGGUGGGCCAGUGCUGCUGCACCCACUCAGCAGAUAUCACCAGCGGCAUAGCGAGGGUCAGCCGAUAGAUGGCCGCCACACGCAGGAAGCCGCCCAGCCAGGCCCACAGACGGCCACCACGCUCCAGCAGAUACAGCACGCGGCACAGGUAGUCGAUGCGCGAGAGGCCGCCGGGCAGCGGAGCCGCCCCAGCCGUCCCGCCAUGUCUGUCGACGUCAAUCAGCCCAGUGAGCUCAUAGCGCCUCAGCAAUGCGUCGAUGCGCCGCAAGAUGAAAUCACAGCCGAUGACGGAGGUGCCGCUGGUGUGUGACGAAGAUCUGACUCGGAUGGCAUCACGGACGCCCAGAUUGGACAGCACUCGACGCUGCCACACCUGCAGAGGCAACACAUGCGCCAUUUGCGGCCAUUUAAU